AUGACCGUCAUUAUCUACACGUUUGAGAUGAGUAUUAUCAAAGUGGUGGAUGGAGACGCUGGAGGAUACCGCUGUGAGAUCAGCUCCAAAGACAAGAACGACUGCAGCUACUUCGACAUCGCAGUCCAGGCUGUUCAAGAGGAGACGCAGGACAACAUUUUGGAGGCCUUCAAGCGAUCUGGAGGGGCCGAUGAAGACGCUGGAGAGUUGGACUUCAGUGUUCUACUAAAGAAAAGGGAGAAAAAGCAGAGGGAGAAGUCUGAGUGUGAGGAAGUGGAUGUUUGGGAGAUUUUGAAAAAGGCCAAACCGUGUGACUACGAGAAGAUCGCGUUCCAGUACGGCAUCACAGACCUCAGAGGGAUGCUGAAGAGACUCAAGGCCAUGAAGAAGGUGGAGAUUACCAAGAGUGAUGCCUUCCUGAGGAAACUGGACUCUGCGUACUCUGUGGACAAAGGGAAGAGGAUGACCAUGUCUGUGGAAGUGGCCGACCCCAACGCGACCGUCAGGUGGCUCAAGAACGGGCAGGAAAUCAAACCGUCGGCCAAGUACGUCAUGGAGAGUGUGGGAAACGUUCGUAGUCUGACCAUAAACAAGUGUAACCUGUCGGACGACGCAGCGUACGAGUGUGUGGUGGACGACGAGAAGUGCUUCACUGAGCUCUUCGUCAAAGAGCCCCCGGUGACCAUCACGAAGCUGCUGGACGAUGUUCACACUGUGGUCGGAGAGAAGGUGGAGUUUGAGGUGGAGGUGUCUGAGGAGGGAGCUAACGUCAAGUGGAUGAAAGACGGAGUGGAGCUGAGCAAGGAAACGGCUGGGUCAAAGUACAGGUUUAAGAAAGACGGAAAGAGACACAUCCUUAUCAUCAAUGAAGCCACGAAGGAAGACAUCGGCACGUACCACGCCUUAACCAACGGAGGGGAGUCUAAGGCGGAGCUGGAGGUCGAAGCCUGUCAGCACGGUCCCACCGCCGCCUCAGAUCACUCCGACUCCUACUCCCCUCAGCAGGAUGAUCAAUAUCGCACUUAA